UAUUAGGUGGCCAUCGCUAGUAGGUUGGAGGCACCUUCAGAAUGAGAACUCUGCUAAUUGAAGUGCAUUCAUUUAUCCGCAGCCAACUUGCAGGCCCACUUUCUUGAGACCGGUGUGGGCAGCAUGUCAUGAACUUUUUCGAUUCACACUUUUGGUUAGGCUGAGCAGGGUUAUCCAGCAAGAAAGUCGCUUUGUGUGCUACUAUCCGUAGCGCGUUCAUGCUUCGUGCUCCUUUUGCCUGAGUGUCCCAGUGAAUGACACUUGGAUGGCUGCAUGGAAAGCGCUCCAAAGUGUGGCUGCUGGCAUUUUUAACUAUCGUGACUGUCAGUGGUGUCACCAUUUUGCUGACGAAAGACAAACCAGCUGACCAUGGCAGUGUGUCCAGAGUUGCUUGCGAAAGCUGGAAUUUAGUGAAUGUUCUGAGGACACCUGAUACAAUCGUACUUCAGUCAGUGGAGAACAUCAUGGAAUAUGUCAAGCUGCUUGUGCGCCGUGGCCGUGCCCGGGGGGUAAGCGCCAAAGAUAUUGAGUGGCUAAACAAAGCAAAGGAGGACAUUUGCUCGGUCUUUGGGAUCUCUCCUUCCCCAGAAAUAUUGAUAUGCGAAGAUGGACGUAUGCUUGCCCAAGCUGGCCCACGGCAAUGCCACCAUGCAGGCAACAAGAAGAACCAAAGUGACCAGAGGGGCCAGAGAGGCUGGAUUUUGUUUUCCACUGCAGUCUUGCAGACCCUCCCACCUGAGGAAGUUGUUGCAGUCCUGGCUCAUGAGUUGGCACAUGUUGCAAAAGGGCAUCACAUGAAGAGAGCUUUCUUGAUUUUGGAUUUCUACCGCCUCAUGCUUCUAUGGAGCUUCAAACAAAAGGACGAUUCCACAGAUGAGGUGCAGACGAUUGCCGCAACUGCGGGCAUGUGGCUUUUGCUGGGACUUCGGAGUCGUGGACAAGAACUAGAAGCUGACCGAUUGAUGUUAGACAUUGUAAACCCUGCCACAGCGCUUUUUGCAUUAGCACGGAUGCACCGCCCCACAGAUGAUCCAUCGGAAGUUCUCCGAGACACGGCAGAAGUUUUGAAGAAGGGCACUUUUUGGCUUCACCUGAAGAUGCUCCUGACAGGUGCCAGUCAUCCUUGCCUUGCACUUCGAGUCCAGGCAUUGGACAGAGCAUGUCUCUCAAACAAUGUGCGUCUAGAGCUUUCGAAGGUGGGAGCAUUGGGCGUCAUGUGAGCACAGUGGGAUCAGACCUUUCGGAAUGGUGGGCCUUCAAGCUUUUAAGCCUUGAUCGGAGAGGAUGCGGAUGCAAAGAUCGAGCACUAUCCACUUCGUGGAAAUGCGAGAUGAUGUGAGAAGAAGGACAUGAACUAGUGACUUCUUCCUGCGUGAGAUGGCAGUUCUUCCCGUUUGCUGUUCUUCUUUUCACAGAUUCGUGCCUUCGUGGUGCAGUAGGAGCUUUGUCGGGACCUGAAGACUCUGCAAAAAGGAGGGCGAAUGUUUGACGGAGAAACCAUCUUUCCCUCCAAGCACACUCAGAAAGUUGGAAGCAUCGCUAGAUCUCCGCAAGGCUGAAGACUAUCUGGACGUUGGCGUGAGACUGCCUUCGUGUCUCCCAACUCCCAACUUAUCAACUUGUCUCCUUGG